UCUCUCUCUCUCUCGCGCGCGUCGCUCUUGUUAGUCGUCUCUUAGUCGUGUUAAAAGACGAUCUCGCUUAAGUAGAGGAGAAGAAGUAUCGUGAAGCUGGAGUCUCCGAUUGGUCGAGACGAAGACGAAGUAGAAGAAGAAGAAGAAGAAGAAGAAGAAGAAGAAGAAGAGAAGGAGGAGGAGGAGUAAGAGGAGAAGGAGGAGGAGAAAGAAGAAGAAGAAGAAGAAGAAGAAAACGAGGAGGCUCGCUCUGCAAAACGGACGAUCCAAAAGGCAUUCCUUAGCAACGAAAGAGACUACUACAAGGUGUAAAAGUGCGUGCGUGUGCCAGUCUUCCUCGUCGGUCCUCUUCCCGCUGGACCUGCCAAUAUAUUCUCUCAACCAAUCAAAUUGUGCUUCCCUGGGGCUCGCUAUCGUUUUUAGGUCAGGUCAUGCGGCGGCAUGGCUGGGCAGCACUACUGCCUACGUUGGAACAACUACCAGUCCAACAUGACAUCCGUUUUCCAUCAACUCCUGCAAAACGAGGCCUUCGUAGACGUCACCCUGGCAUGUAACGAAGCUUCGUUGAAGGCACACAAGGUGGUCCUCUCGGCCUGCAGUUCCUACUUUCAGAAGCUCCUACUCUCAAAUCCAUGUAAACAUCCAACGAUCAUCAUGCCGCAGGACGUAUGCUUCAACGAUCUCAAAUUCAUCAUAGAGUUCGUCUACAGGGGCGAGAUCGACGUUUCUCAAGCAGAACUUCAGUCGCUUUUGAAAACGGCCGACCAGCUGAAAAUUAAGGGCCUCUGUGAGGUUCCUGAAAGCAAGGACGGGCCACCAUCAGUGAGCUUGAGCUCACCGCCAAGAGAACCUGGUACACCAAGAUUAAACUUUACCAGGUUGAAGAGACAUCAUCCGAGGUAUAAGAGAGCGAGAACGUCAUUCGAGCCUCGUGCCACUGAUUCCAGGCACUACGAUAGAUAUAAAGAAGAGGAGACUAGCGAUAGUUACGGUCGCAAUAACAAAGAGAAUCACAGAGACUGGCAGGCCGAAGAUGAAGAGUGUACGGAGGUGGCAGCGGCAGCAGCAGCAGUAGUUCUGGAAAGCUGCCAACGUAACAGUAACAACAGCAGCAACGGUAACGGUACAAACAACAACAACAAUAACGGUGACAUGUUCUGUCACACAGGGCUAGGUCAUUACGGUCAUCACCCAGAUCCUGGAGAGGUAGAUCUGCCUCCGGAAACACAGCCCACACCACCGAGCGCUACUUUGGUCGGUACCACUAUUACUCAUCUGCGAGACUCUGAUCAUCAUUCGACUGAGAUACAAAAUUGCGAUAGCGUGAAGAUCAAGUUCGAAACUCUACACACGAUGGAUUCUUCGGACACGAUCGAUAUCGACAGUCACAUGUCGGAUAGAGCGAGCGUAAGCUCAAAAAAUGCAGCGGACAGCGACAAUAUGAUGAUGAUCACGCCUGAACUUCUCGGACUCAUGCCUUCUGGCAGUUCGAUUCACUCGGACUCGGGUGAAAACAAUUCGAGAGGUCAUUCUGGACAAUCGAGUUCACAUCAUCAUGGUACCAAAUCUUGGACUCAGGACGACAUGGACGCCGCGUUGGAAGCCUUAAGGAAUCACGACAUGAGUCUUACGAAAGCAUCUGCUACAUUUGGUAUCCCAUCGACGACGCUCUGGCAAAGAGCACAUCGUUUAGGCAUCGACACGCCAAAAAAGGACGGACCUACGAAAUCCUGGAGCGACGAGAGUUUAAAUAAUGCGUUAGAAGCAUUAAGGACAGGAACGAUCUCAGCUAACAAAGCGUCGAAAGCGUUUGGUAUACCUUCCAGUACUCUCUACAAAAUAGCAAGAAGAGAGGGUAUUAGAUUAGCUGCACCUUUUAACGCGAGUCCUACUACCUGGUCACCUGCCGAUCUAGAUCGUGCUUUAGAAGCAAUAAGAUCCGGUCAGACGUCUGUCCAAAGAGCCUCGACAGAAUUUGGUAUUCCCACGGGAACUCUCUAUGGUAGGUGUAAAAGAGAAGGGAUUGAACUUAGUAGAAGUAAUCCUACGCCUUGGAGUGAAGAUGCUAUGACUGAAGCUCUCGAAGCUGUUAGACUAGGUCACAUGAGCAUCAAUCAAGCAGCUAUUCAUUAUAACUUACCUUACUCCUCGUUGUACGGACGUUUUAAAAGAGGCAAAUACGAAGAACCAGUAGUCGGUGAUUUAUCACAGGACGGCACCAAUCCACAUUUUCAUCAAAGUCCAACGCAGAAUCACUCGUCCACGAUUCCCGAUCAAAUGUCUUAUCAGGGUAGCUGAAAUUUACCUUUGUAUUAGAUCGUUAAGUUAUAGUAAAUAGUUAACUUCGGUUAUCUAUAUCUAUAUGUGAAGGAAGUGACAAAGAGAAUGACAAAGAUAAGAUGAAGAAAAAAAAGAAUAAAGGUGGAGGGUAGGGAAUCGAAGGGAAAAACGAUUCGACAACUAACGAUAUAAAAGAAAUCGUUCUUUGAGAAUCAUGAGA